AUGACAGAUGCAACACCUGCAAGAAAACAAAUCACAAAACGGCAGAUUGUUAUUUCAACAACUCAAGAGAUAAUGAUGAAAGAAAUGCGAGAAGGAACAAUUGGAAUGACAACACACAACCCAAUAGAGGCAGAUACGACGACGAAGGAAAUUUUUUUCGACAACAGAAAGGAAACAAUAAUAGACAAAGAAAUAAUUACUUCGGAAGAUAUAAUGGAAAUGGAUAUAAUGGAGACGGAAGAGGACACAACCCAAGAUUUAAUAAAAGAACUGACAAAAAUGAGUUUGGAAGAAGAAGAAAUCGAUACAAUAACACCAAACAACACGACCAAUACGAUCAACAAGAUAGACACUACAACAACAAUGACAACUACUACAACAACCACAACGGAGGAGACGACGAUUACGACAACGACAGAAAUGGAAAUAGAAGAAGCAAUGGAUACAACAAUAGAUAUCAACAGAGAGACCAAUAUGAAAGAAGAGCAGGAGCAGGACGACACCAAUAUUUCGGACAAUAUUAACCAAAGAGAAAGUAAUAAGGCUCUGGAAGAGCCAGGAAAAGGAAAAAUAACGCAAAGCGCAAAGAAGGAAAAUGGAAAAAAUUCAAAAAAUAAAAAAGGAAAAAAAUGGGAAAAUGAACAAAAAAUAAAAAAUAACAAUAUUAAAAUAGGUUGUAUAAAUGUAAGGGGAAUGAAUGAUAUAAAAAAACAAGGAGAAAUAAGGAAUUUUUUGGGAAAAGAAAAAUGGGAUAUAGCAAUAAUCAGCGAAACUAAACUCAAAGAAUCAAAAGGUAAACAUAUAUAUAGCGACUGGAAAGAUUACGAAUGCAUUAAUAGUAGCUACAACAAUGAAAAUACAAAAAAUGGGCUCAUAAUUUUACUAAGGAAAGAAAUUAACGAUAGAAGAUACGCGAUAGAAAAAAUAGACGGUCACGUGAUUAAAUUAGACAUUUUAUUCAGAGGAAACCAAAAGAACAUUCGAAUAAUAGGUAUAUAUAACCCAAAUGAUGACAAACCAACAACCACCUUGAUAGAAACAAAAAUAGCUAAAUGGAUGAACGAGGCCAUAAAUCUAGAAUACGAAAUGAUAAUUCUGGGAGAUUUUAACGAAUCAGCCAAUGACAAAAAAAAGAAAAAGAAAAGACCACUGACAGCGACAAUAAAACAACAUGGCUUACAAGAUGUUCACGAAUGUCUGACGGCGGAGAAAGAUAUGCUAGAUACCUGGAGGAGUGGAGAAUAUUCGUCCAGAAUAGAUUUUAUUUUCUUAAGCGAAGGCGUUGAGAUCCCCCAAUUCCCCCUGUCAUCAAUUUACAAGGUUGCCACAUCGAACGGGCAUUCUCAUGGUCAAACGAACGAAUGA